UAUCUCAUGGCCGGAAUCUUUGCAAUUGUGAGCCGAAAAACAAGAAACAUCCAUUUGGUUAAUAGUUUCUUCGCAUUCUCGCUCUUAUCCACCGUUUGUGCUCUGACCUCCACCGUUCUUUUCACUUACGGUAGAGCGAAUUCUACGCCUGAUAGCUAUCCAAUUGCAAUGGUUGGUAUCCCGAUUUCGGUAAUAGCCUUCGUUUUUGGAAUAUGUGGCACUGUCAUUGCAGGUUACGGAAUGAAUUGCGACUGCGGUGCUAAUUCUUCUCAACUUACUGGCCAAUUUAUUUACACAAGGGACGUAUUAAAUCAUCCUGACCAGGUAAAUUAG